GUAAACGUAAUGCUGUAUUAGAUACAAGGACUAGGACUGAAUUAUCAACAGAAGAAAAACGACAAGAACAUCAGAGAGAGUUAGCUGUUAAAAUGAAUGAAGAUGCCCGUGAGAGAUUACGAGGGCAAACCACAGAUUCUGGUGAUAAAAAAGUACGGAAAUCAAACACAUCAUAUAAAAACCCAUCAAACUUUCCCAACGAACCUGAAGUUCGUGAUUUACAGAUUUAUGUCGAUAAAAGAUACGAAACAAUUAUUCUACCAGUUUUUGGGUUUGCAUCACCAUUUCAUAUAGCUACAAUCAAGAAUAUAAGCCAGUCGGUUGAAGGUGAAUACACAUAUCUUCGUAUUAAUUUUUUCCAUCCCGGAGCCACACUGGGUAGAAAUGAAGGUAACGCCUAUCCGAACUCGGACAUGACCUUCCUAAAAGAAAUCACAUACAGAAGUUCAAACACAAAGGAGCCAGGGGAGUUAUCUGCCCCUUCAUCUAAUUUAAAUACAGCGUUCAGAUUAAUCAAAGAAGUGCAGAAAAAAUUUAAAACUCGAGAAGCUGAAGAGAAAGAAAAGGAGGGUAUUGUUAAACAAGACACACUGAUAGUUAAUCCGAAUCGUGGUAAUCCUAAACUUAAAGAUUUAUACAUCCGACCUAACAUCGUAUCAAAACGUAUCUCUGGAGUUCUUGAAGCUCAUACUAACGGUUUUCGUUUUACGUCUGUACGAGGUGAUAAAGUUGAUAUUUUAUAUAAUAAUGUAAAACACGCCUUCUUUCAACCCUGUGAUGGUGAAAUGAUUAUACUUCUUCAUUUUCAUUUAAAGCAUGCUAUUCUGUUCGGUAAGAAGAAACAUGUUGAUGUUCAGUUUUAUACGGAAGUUGGAGAAAUAACAACAGAUCUUGGUAAACAUCAACAUAUGCACGAUCGAGAUGAUUUACACGCUGAACAGGCUGAAAGAGAAUUGCGACAGAGAUUAAAAUCGGCAUUUAAAAGUUUCUGUGAGAAAGUAGAAUCAUUGACAAAACAAGAAAUAGAAUUUGACACACCGUUCCGAGAACUAGGUUUCCAUGGUGCCCCUUUUAGAAGUACUGUAUUAUUACAGCCAACCAGUGGAUGUAUCGUGAACUUUACAGAAUGGCCUCCGUUUGUAGUGAGCCUUGAUUCUGUUGAGCUCGUUCAUUUUGAGAGAGUAUCGUUCCAGUUGAAGAAUUUUGACAUGGUUUUUGUGUUUAAAGAUUAUUCACGGAAGAUUGCGAUGAUUAAUUCGAUACCCAUGCAGGUUCUAGAUCACGUCAAGGAAUGGUUGAAUUCCUGUGAUAUCAGAUAUACAGAGGGCGUUCAGAGUUUAAACUGGACCAAAAUUAUGAAAACCAUCAUCGAUGACCCAGAAGGGUUUUUUGAUAAUGGAGGUUGGACAUUCUUGGAUCCAGAGAGUGACGCUGAAAAUCAUGAAUCUGAUUCUGAUGAAGAGGACGAGGCAUUCCAGCCGUCUGAUAUAAAUUCAGAAGAAGAGAGUUCCGAGGACAGCGAAGAAGAGGAGAGUGAUUGGGAUGAAGAGGAGGAUUCAGAAGGAUCAGAAGAAAUGGGAUCAAGUGAAGAAAGUGGUAAAGAUUGGGAUGAACUUGAAGAAGAAGCCAGAAAAGCUGAUAUGGAACGUGAUAACGAUCCACCCGUGCAAGAAACCAGAUUUAAACCAUCAGACAAAAAACGUAAACGUAGUGACCAUUCUGAUCGUGGUUCGAAAGACAAGAAGAAGAAACGACGUUAGAAUUUCUGCUUGAAUUAUGUUGUAUCAUUGUAUAUUGUGAUGUCAUUCAUUGACUUGCUAACAUCUUGCUUCACUCGGAACAUUUUUAAUUGUCUGUAGUGUCCUGUCAUCUUGUUGGUCUGCACAAUCAUUAUUCAAGUUGUAAUAUUAAAAUAUUAAAACCAUGAUUUGAACAGGAGUGAGGUUAUAGGUAACAAAAUGUAAUUAUUACUGAUUUUGAAUUAAUGGUCAUCUACUAGAAGGUUCCAAUUACAUUUUAUUGUGAAUAUCAAUAUUGCUAUAAAUUAAUGGCUAAUGGUGAUUAAUUACAUUGUUAAAAAUAAAAACAGUAAUUAUAAUGGCCCCAGUCCUGGAAGAGUAUGUAAAUAAUAAUAAUGCAAAUUACUGUUUACAGUAUGUGAUAGUAGGACGUCCUACGUCCUGUUCGUGUUUUAGGACGUCCUGUUAGGGUUCAAUAUUGAUCUACAACAGUAAGUUGUGGAGAUGACUUCCGAGUUAGGGCACAAAAUCGUGUCUAAACACAUAGCUUAGACAAUCUUGAAAUUAUUGCUCCUGAGAAAUUUAUUAUAUACACUACCUGUUUACGGAGAUAGUUCAUGAUUGAUAUAAAAUUGUAUAUUGUGAUAAUAGUGCUAAGUUUAUGUCACAUCAACUGGUUUGUUUCUUUGUCGUAAAAUUUGAAAUUGGGCACAAAACAAUCUGAUUAAAGUCGGAUUCAUUUCAAAUCUGUCUUCAUCUGUAUUUUAUACUUUAUUAACAUCUAAACCUAUUCUUUAAGUGGCAUUUAGCGAUCAGGGAACAAAUUAACAGAACACAGUUUUUAUGGGAUACAAUCACUAGUUUAUUCUAAAAGCACGACGUUUCGACAAGUAUCCUCUUAUCGUUA